AACGAAUAUGGAAUGCAUUAUCUUUUUUAUCUUAUAUAGUUUGAAAAAUAAGCUAUCAUAUUCUAUUCCGAGAGAGAAAAUGCUUAAUUUCUUCUCUAAAUACUCGCUUUGAAUAGGCUAUAGUCAACAAAAGGUAUUGCUCUGGCCACAAAAGAACGGUCUUGUGUUGUACCAUGAAUAGACGAAUGUGAGACUUAGUGUCAAAAUCAUUUUAAUCGGUCAAAACUAUUUUUGUUUAUAUGUUGUGCAAAUUCUGAUUCAUGUCUAUUUAAAGCAUCACACAGUAGGUCCUAAUUAUCGAGGAAUGGAGGAGGGAAAAAGUUGAAUAUAUAGCCUAGUAAUAAUGAUGGCCUGUUGCAAUGAUGACUGAAACAAUGAGGCUGAAACUGUGAAGUAUGCGUCGCAUUAAAAGAAGCGUACGUGCACGUUGCUAUUCCGUUAGAGACCUUGCCCCACUAUAUAAAGAGUUUCGGAUAGGCUGUUCUUAAAAAUGUGAAUAUCUUCAUGCAAUUCACUGCAAUGUAGAUGACUAAGCUACGUCGUCGCCCGCCACAAUUGGCGCUGCCCCAGGGGGAGAUUCUAAAAUUGAAUUCCCAGAUGUUCUUAUUGCCCAGCGCAACUCGGAAAAAUCGUUUGAACCUCCGUCUGGCCGUCUUUUAGACCAAUACUCUCAACAAAAUAUUUAAAAAACCUGAAGCAACUGAAGGAAUUUCCAGUCACAGAGGUACUGCAAAUACCAUUUAAAAAGAAAAAAAAAAUUAAGUCUACGGUAUUUUAUUUUCCUAAGGUGGCACAACGAUGACAUCAACACGACGCCCUGUCAACAAUCAGCAAGGUACUCAAGAAAUCGAAAGUGUGAAGGAGUCCAUCAAUGACAUAAUCAAUCAGCUACAGGACAUUGAUCCCUCACGCCUAUCAUUCUCUCCAUUCCUUGACUUGGACACCCAGAUUUCUUUGGCCCCUGUGUCUGACAGCCCAGAGUCUUCUGUGGAAGAGCUCCACUCUCCUACUCAUUCUAUCCCUGGCUCUCAACUGUGCCUACAAACCCAGGCUGCCGAUGACCAUAAUGGACUCAAUUGUUUCAAUGAACACCAGAAACCAUAUGGUCAUGUGGAGGAAACCAUAGAUGACCCUAUCACCAUGGACCUAGCCCCUGCACUUCCUGCUGAAACCAACCCUGAAAAGUUCCACAGCCAAUCAACUCCUCAUGGAGCUAACGGUCUGCCCAGUGGGGGAGAUGACCAGUGGAGUCCAUCAGGAUCCAAUCAGCUAGAGUCAACGAUAGGAGAAAGCCAUCCCCUUAUUCGUUCCCCACCGGAAGCCAUUGAACUGAGCCUUUGGACUGCACCUGAGCAGGAGAACUGUGAGGGGGGUCUGGUUCUUUCAGAGCAGAAGCAUGGGUGCUGCUGCUGCAGUGGGUGCUUCAAAAGUGGACGAGUUCCAGCUUUCUGCUCAACUGUAGCCUGCCUGCUUUGCCUACCAGGUCUUCUGUACGCGCUGUAUUUAUACGCACCCAUAGAAGCGCCUCUGUGCCCUGACACAACCAGCCGACUGGUCUUCACUCUCAGCUGCUGUGCAGUUGCUGCUGUUCCUAUCUUGAUUGCGAUGCUGACCGCUGGUGUAUGCCGGUUUUGCUUUGGUUCCCUGAGGCCUUUGGUAGACAACCCUAGUGCUCCGGCUCUCGUGCAGAUCUUUGUGGUGGGGUCUGUGGUUCAGCUGUUCCUUUACAUCCUCAAUCUACUCAUCCUGGCUACCUUUUUGCCUCAAAGCCAGCUGAGGGUGAUACCUAUCCUUGCUGGAGUGUUCAUCGGAGGAAGAAUUAUCUACUGGCUGUUACUUCACACCUGCAGCUCCUGGAGAGCAUUUGGAUCAGGACUCACCAUCUUCCCUCUCCUCACCAUGUUGGCCUUCAACAUCUACUGUCUGUUCGACCUCGGCUCAAGGGACCUUUUCUUUGGGUCGGCCGCAUCGUAUGAUGAUGAGACGACUCCCUCAACCUGGCCCCAAAACAUCUCCAUGAGUCUAGGCGACACAUAAGACACUGGUGGGCUCAUCAAGAGAGUGGGGAGAUGCUGCUGAACUCUGCUCCUUCACGGGUGAAAACCUCACUCCAAAAAUAUCCCAUUCCUGUGGUUCACAAUUCGGCUUAGUUUCAAGCUGCGCCAAUAAAAUUGAGCGCCAAGCGAGUAAAUCCUUAAAAUUGUGUUUAGCUGCUCUUGUGCAGGACUGUUCAUUUCAGUGUAUGUUUAUUGUGGAGGCUUUUAAGUAGCCAGUGCAGCUUGGAACCUUUCCCUCUGUGUUUGUGGAGGGAGCCCUUUGAAGAAUAUUCUGAUGGUUUCUUUGCGUGUCUUCUGUCUUUUGUGUCCUUGCCUAUUUUUAAUACUCUUUGACAUGCUGUACUGCAAAUGAGUGAAUAUUUUUCCCCAAGCCUCUAAAUUUAUACUCCAAAGAUUUAAUUUAACAAAAGAAAGAAAUAAACACUCAUA